GCUUGUAACUUGUUCGCUGGCUGCAAAUAGAGCACAACGCACUUGGUGGACCUUGUGAUUCUCUUCAAGGAGCGGAUCAUGGCGGAGGAAAGCUCCCGCAGCAAGGACUUCCGCGAGCAGGGCUUCCUGCACCUCAAGGGCUUUGUGUCCAAACAAAUGUGUGAGAAGAUGAAGGCCAGAAUGAAGGAGCUGGUGGAUGUCUGGGAUCCUGUCGCUGAGAAGCCAGCACCUUUCACCACGGACAGCAAGACCCAGGUGGAGGCCCAGGGUAAAUCUGACUACUUCCUGGAUAGCGCUGACCGCAUUCACUUCUUCAUCGAGAAGGAAGCAGCUGAUGAGGACGGUAAGCUCAAGGAUAUGAAGAAGAAGUUCAGCGCCUUGAACAAGGUGGGCCAUGGGCUUCAUGUCAAGGAUCCCACAUUCAGGGAGUACAGCCACUCUGACAAGGUCUUAGAGCUGGUGCAUGAGCUGGGCUGGAAGGAUCCAGUCUUGCCCCAGUCCAUGUAUAUCUUCAAGCAGCCCGUCACCGGGGGCGAGGUCACCUCCCAUCAGGACUCCUCUUUCUUGUACACAACUCCGCGUCCUACCUGCCUUGGUUUGUGGCUCGCCCUUGACGCGGCGACCACGGAGAACGGCUGCCUUUGGGCCAGGCCUGGCUCCCACAGAGAGUCUGUGCGGCGGGUCUUUGUCCGAAAUCCUGAGCACUUUGAGACGGGCAAUAGUGAUGCCACGCAGCUAAUCUUCGAAACCCUUGCCGGCAAGGACCCAGCCUGGGAAUGGGAGGGCAAGAUGCCCGAGGGCUGCGAUGAGUUUGGCAAAGGCUUGAAGGACAAGGGCUUCAUCCCUGUGGAGUGCGAGGCAGGGGACCUUGUGGUGAUCCACGGACAGGUGGACCACCUUUCCUUGGCAAACACCAGCAACAAGCCACGAGAAACCUUUCAGCUCCACUUGGUAGAGGGGCCAAGCGAGGGCAUCACUUGGAGCCCUCGGAACUGGCUUCAGUAUCCUGCUGGCAAGCCAUUUCCAUCGCUGCUGCCCCGCGGCAAGCGAAAGGCGGAGGAAAUGGAAGCCAGCUUGCAGGAGGCAUGAGCGUUCAAUUAAAAUAUGAUAAGGCUAUACAUGUUAUAUGAUAUCUAUGUCUUUGAAUUGAUGCAUUGAAUUGCCUUGAGGAGCAA